AUGGUUUCGCUCAAGACGGAGCAGCCCACGCUGGGGGCCCUCCGCGACGCCAUUCCCGACCACUGCUUUGAACGCUCGGCCACCCGGUCGCUGCUGUACGUCGCGCGCGAUGUCCUCUACGCGGGGGUUCUCAUCUACGCCGCCUCCUACAUCGAUUCGAUCCCCACGGGGUCGCUGCGCAUCGUCGCCUGGACGCUCUACACCUUCCUCCAGGGCUGCGUCGGCACGGGGCUCUGGAUCCUGGCGCACGAGUGUGGCCACGGUGCCUUCUCGCCGUCAACGCGACUGAACAACUUCGUCGGCUGGGCGCUGCACUCGGCGCUGAUGGUGCCCUACUACUCGUGGAAGAUCACGCACGCCCGCCACCACCGCUACACUGGGCAUCUGACCCGCGACACGGCCUUCGUGCCCUACACUGAGAGCGAAUUCAUGGAGAACCGGAAGCUCAGCGUGCUCGACCAGGUGCACGAGCUGAUCGAGGAGACCCCGCUGGCCACCAGCGUGGCGCAUCUGCUCGGCCACCAGCUGUUCGGCUGGCAGAUGUACAUGUUCCAGUACGUGUCGGCCGGCAAGGAGAGUAUCCCGGGGGUGGACGAUGUGGCCAAGGCGCGCAACCUGUCGCACUACGCACCGAACGGCACGCUCUGGGUGCCGGGCCAGGGCUUGCUCAUCUUCCUGACGGAUAUGGGGCUGCUGAUGACGGCGAGCGUGUGGGGAUAUGUGGGGUGGCAAUUCGGGUGGCAGAAGGUGGUUCUUCUCUAUGUGAUUCCGUACUUCUGGGUGCACCACUGGCUGGUGGCAAUCACCUACCUUCACCACACGCACCCGUCCGUGCCCCACUUCUCCCCCGAGAAGUGGUCGUUCACUAGCGGCGCACUCUGCACGAUUGACCGUAGCUUCGGCUUCAUCGGACGCCACUUCAUGCACGAGAUCAUCGACUACCACGUGGUGCACCACCUGUUCCCGCGUAUUCCUUUCUACCACGCGCAGGAAGCGACGGAGGCGAUUCAGCCGCUGCUGCAGGAGCACUACCACGAGACCAAGGACGAGAGCUUCCUCAAGUCCCUUGUCGACACCUUCCACCGCUGCUGUCACGCCAACUCGAACCGCUCCGACGGCUUCGACUUCCCCGGAUCCGACUCGGGCGCCUCGUAG